CGUAUCUCAAAGCUGCAACUGAGGCUCCUCCCCUCUGUUCCUGCUUUCUGCUUCACCUUUACCUCCUCAACUUUAUUCAUGCUGCAGGUUUUUCAUUUAACUCGUCCUGCAGUCACCCUGAAGGCACCUCUGGGAUUAAACAACCUGAAGACGGACAAAUAAAAGGAAGUUUCUGUACUCAGACUGAGACACCAGACACAGAGGAGGAUCAUCUGUUGUGCUUCGUCCUCACAGCCGCACACAGAAUCAGCUGCACAGAGAAAAGUCACCAUGCCGACCGUCAAGAGCAAGAAGAAGAAGACAAAGAAGGAGGUCAACGAUGGGGAGGAGCAGGGAGAAGUGGCUGUGGAGAUGGAGAUGGAGGAAGGAACCAACAGGAGCCAUUCUGACAGCAAGGAGCCUUUAACCCCUGAACCGCAGGAUCCAGCACCACAGAAGAAGAAGAAAAAGAAGAGGGCAGCUACGAUCGACCAGGAAACCGAACACGCUGAAACUCCAAACGGCACCAUGGCCGAGCCGACCUUAGAUGGAGAGGAGACGACUGUUGCUGUAACCAGAAGGACAAAAAAGAAGAGGAAGACAAAGACGACUGAGCACUACAGCAACGACCUGGGAGCUGAAGACGAUGAUAUCGUAGCCGAUGCCCCGUCACCGAUCCCCCAGCAUUCCCUGUUCUCCGCCCCGCACGGACACAGCCAGCCGGUCGGCAGAGUCUUUGUGGAGAGGAACCGACGUUUCCAGGCAGAACGAGUGGAUCACCUCCGACACUCAGAGAUGAUGGACGACUACAUGGACCCCAGACAGUUCUGGACCACCAGAGACGUCGCGAUGAAGGUCCACAGUUGCUUCAGGGUGAUCGGUCUGUUCUCUCACGGUUUCCUGGCCGGCUACGCUGUGUGGAACAUCAUCGUUGUGUACGUGUUGGCGGGCGAGCAGAUGACCACGCUGCCCAACCUGCUGCAGCAGUAUCACCGUCUGGCCUACCCAGCUCAGUCUCUGCUCUACCUGCUGCUGGCCAUCAGCACCGUCUCUGCAUUCGACAGAGUGAACCUGGCCAAAGCCUCCAUGGCCCUGAGAGGCUUCCUCACCCUGGACCCUGCUGCUCUGGCAUCUUUCUUGUAUUUUAUAGCCCUGAUCCUGUCCCUCAGCCAGCAAAUGACCAGCGAUCGCAUCAACCUCUACCCCACUGCCAAUGAGACUCUGUGGCCCCCGGGUUCGGAGCAGCAGAUCUUGCGGCCGUGGAUCGUAGUGAACCUGGUGGUGGCGCUGUUGGUGGGUUUGGCCUGGGCCGUCGUCUCCACACGGCCGGACAUCGACUACACAGAAGAGUUUCUGAUGACGAUGGAGGUGGAGGGAUACCCGAGAGGAGACGAGACCCUGGACAUCCCUGCAUGAAGCUCUUCUGUCUCCUUCUGACUUAAUGUAUGUUUUUCUACCAUAUAUUGCUUAGCACUUUGUAUUGCUGUGAUUUUGUAAAUAAAGAAAUACAGUACAUGUACA